AGUAGAUCGAUCCAUCCUCGCGCCAAACCCCGUUCACAACCAUGCGGGCUCAACUGCUCCCUCUGCUAGCUGCCUCCUCGCUGUGGCUGACCCCGGCCUUAUGCUCUCCGUUUGUUUACCACCGUCGUCCCCAAUUCCAACAGUAUCUGGGGCCAGACGCCCAGAAGAACCCCUCGGAGCCAACCGAGCCCUAUGACUACGUCGUGGUGGGCGGGGGCGUCACCGGCCUCAUCGCGGCGGCCCGUCUGGCGGAGUUCUAUAAUGUGGCCGUCAUCGAGCGCGGGGGUUACUAUGAGACAGUGGCAGGCAACAAGAGUUCGGUCCCCGCAUACGACGAGAACUGGGACAAUCCGCCCGACGACUUGACCGAGCACUGGUGGGAAGUGCCUCCUUCCUUGGAAACCAAUGGACGCACCCUGAACUUUACCAGCGGGAAGAUGGUCGGGGGAAGCCACGAUUUCUCCUAUUUUGGCUACCUGCGCCCCAGCGUCGGAUCUCUCCAAAAAUGGGCCGACGAGGUCGACGACCAGUCCUGGACGUACCAGAACACCGAGAAGUACUUCGACAAGUCGGUCUUCUUCACGCCCCCCAAUAGCACCUCCCGCUGGGCCAACGCGACGCCCGAGUACGAUCCGUCCAGCCUGCAGGGCACCGGACCCCUGGAGCUUUCCUAUCCCCGGUGGGCGCACCCCUUCGGCACGUGGAUCCGUAAAGGCCUGGAUGCGAUGGGGGUGCCUCACGCCCUGAGCUUCGCCACCGGCGAACUCUUCGGCUCGAGCUGGGUCUUGGACCUCAUCAACAGCACCGACGGGACCCGCGCCACGACCUGGACCGCCUUCGUGAAGGAUAAGCCGCACAAGAAAAAGCUCGACAUUUUCACGGAUACCCUCGCAGAAAAGAUCCUCUUCGAUGGUACCACCGCGACAGGGGUCGCGGUCACCCGGAACCAGACUGAGCACUUUACCAUCGAGGCGAAGAACGAGGUGGUCCUCGCGGGAGGUGCUAUUCUCUCCCCCCAGCUGCUGAUGGUCUCCGGAGUCGGACCGGCGGAUGAACUGAAGAAGUGGGAUAUUACUCCCAUCCUUGACAGUCCCAGCGUUGGGCAACACAUGCAGGACCACAUCGUCUUGACAGUCACCUACAAGGUGAACGUGCCCACCACGUCCAUCCUGCAGGAUGAAGAAGUCAGGCAGGAGAAUAUCGCCCUGUUUAAUAACAACUUAACCGGCAUGCUGUUCAACCCAGGCCCCGAUGUGGGUCUGGGUUAUGACAUUCCCAAAGAGCUGCGCAACUUUACCAGGGAAGCCAGAGAAGAUCUGGGAAGCUUCCCCAAAGACUGGCCUGAGGUGAUCAUGGUCACCUACCCAAUGGGACAAAGCUGGCCCAAUGACGGCAACUACGCCUCGCUCGCGUCGGUUCCCAUGGCGGUCGUGUCCCGCGGCAAUGUCACCCUCACCUCGUCCCAAAUGACGGACAAAGCCCUCGUUCGGCCCGGAUGGCUGACGAGUCACACGGACCUGGAGAUCGCUGUCGGUGCCGUAAAGUACAUGCGCACGAUCUUCGAGAAUCCGGCCUUGACCGAGCUCCUUGCCAGCGAUGAGAUCUCCCCAGGAACCGAGGCUGUCACUUGGACUGAGGUGGAGGAUGCCGUGAGGUCAGGGUACCGGUCGAUGCAUCACGCCGGUUGUACUCUGCGGAUGGGGAGGAAGGACGAUCCCAACGCGGUGGUAGAUAGCACCGGCAAGGUGAUUGGGCUGGACAAUGUGAGGGUUGUGGAUGUUUCGGUCUUCCCUUUCUUGCCUCCCGCUUUGCCUCUCGCUACUGCCUUCAUGGUGGCCGAGAAAAUCACGGAUCACAUCAUUACCGAGCAGCAGAGUAACGGCCGUCAUGACGAACUCCGUCUCGACUUGUAGGGGGCAUUUGGCUAUAGUUGGAGGCCUUGGACGCUAUGGAACGCUAAGCACAGAUGGACAAGAGGGACCAGAGGCCUUUUUACUUACCAGAUAACACGCGCUCAAACAUGGCGUCUGCCCUUU